AUGUUUUUAGGAUUUAAAUGGGAUUACGGCACAGAACAAUUUGGCGUUGAUUUAUUCGAUCCUCGCUUCAGGCCUUGGUUUAUUUCAUCAGAGAGUUCACCUCGCGAUGUUCUUUUUCUGUUAGAUUUGAGUGGAAGUGCUAAAGGAAUGAGUGCACAUUUAAUUAAAACGGCCGUUGGAGCAGUUUUACAAACUUUAACACCAAAUGAUUUCUUUUCUGGUAUUUGGUAUAAUAGCAGAAGGGAAAGAGUUCUGGAUAAUUGUACUGGAACUUAUGAUUCUUUUGUACAAGCAACCAGUGGAAAUAAACUUUUAUUCCGCCGUUUAUUGGAUCGCGUAGAAGAGCGAGACCAAGCCUCACUUCCGGCAGCCUUGGAAAUGGCUUUCGAUGAAUUUUUUCGUUCAAGUAAAAACAAAGACAACAAUAAUAAUACUUCUUCUCCUCCUCAAAGAAGUGGAGGGCAUAGUAUUGUUCUUCUAUUCACCGAUGGAAUAGAAUUUUGGCCGGCAGAAGUAGUCCAAAAACUUCAAAAAGAACAUCCCUCCGCUGAACCUAUAAGAGUUUUUGGACAUUCUGUUGGGCAUGGAAGGGAUGCACAAGCAGCUAUUUCUUGGUUAAAUUGUUGGACACAUGCUGGACUUUCCCAAGCAGUUAUUGGCUCUAUAGCUGAAGUUAGAAUGAAAGCAAGAGAUCAUUUAAAGAAGUUAAAUGAAAUAUUGGCAUUGGCAUAUCGGGACAAAGCCGCGAGUCCCGAAAAUCGUCCAAUUACUUGGACACCCCCAUAUAUGGAUGCACAGAAAGGAGGUCCUGUCUUAACUCUUUCAAUGCCUUUAUUAGGCAAUCAACCAAAUAUUUACAAUUAUCUUGAUUUUGCCAAAAUUAAUUUAACAAAUUCAUCACAACAAAAUAUUCAUUUGGAUGGGUUUAUGGGAAUUGCAGCGAUUGAUAUUGCUUUUGAAACAAUUGGAAAAAUUUUAUCUUUGGAGGGGGAAUUUGAUUUAACUCAAGCAUAUGCAUUUAUUGUGGACAAUAAUGGAUUAACUUAUUUCCAUCCAAGAUUAAAAACUCCCCCAGCAGAAGUAUUUAAUGUAAGAAGAACACUUUGUCACCGAACAUCUACAUUAAUUCGUUCAAAUGUUCGAGUACCAUUUUCUAGAGCAGAUGAAUUUAUUCAACAACAAAUGGGUUAUAUAGAUUCAAUUCCCCAUACAGAUAUUUUAAAAUUACUUGAAUUAGAUGAAAAUUUUGAAGAAGAAAGGGAAAAAGAAGAGGAUAAACUUUUAAUUAAAUUUAGAGAAAAUUUAAUUUUUGGAAAAUGUUCACAAACACUCGAAGAUGAUAAAAGACAAUUUCGUUGUUUUCCAAUUCCAAGCACUCCUUUAAUUGCUGGAUUUGUGUUGAGGAAAGGAAGACCGAAAAUUAUAUUGAGAGGGCAGCCGGAAAUGGAAAAUCCUUUUGAAUUAUCUGAACGCCUUAAAUCGAGCUUUGUCAGCAACAGAAAAAACAUUAAACAAAUAAAUUUACAAUCAAUUAUUCCUUCAUCUGUUGGAUUAUUACUUCGAGAUGAUCAACUCCAACAAUUUCCAAUGUCAACAGAACUAAGCCGCUUCAAACCUUUAAAACAAUUUAAUUAUUUACUUGAAUUACUUCCAUCAACUUCAAGUAUUGGUUAUUUACUUCUCUCUCAUUUAUCAGUAUUAGCUUUAAAUGAAUUAGUUCCUUUAUGGUCAAAUAAAUUAGAAAAGAAAUGGGAAAAUGUUGAUUUAUGUUUAAAUGAAAAUUUAAUAAAACAGAAACAAAUAUCGACAACGACAACAACAUUUAUUAGAACAUUUUUAGAAUUUAAAUCUACAGCAAUUUUAGGUUAUCCAGGAAUUGUUGCUGUUUUCCCUAAAUGUAAAGUGUCAUCUAUUCGUUCAUUUCUUCAUAAUUCAUUUGAGAAUGACAAUGGUUAUGAUAACAAUGUGAUUGUCCAUUUUGACACUGAAAAAGAAUUAAUUACUGUAGAGCAGUCUUUUGGUGUGGUUGAUCCAUCACGACGUAAUUCGUUGGCGAGAAUUGGGGUUCAAUUACGUUCUAAUUAUUUACAACAAAAAUUCCAAUUAGCUAUAAAAACAAAAACAGAAAAUGGUUGGACAGAAUGUUCAACCACAAAUAAACAACACAGAAAUUGUUUAUUAUUAAAUUCUGAUUCUUUUGUUUUAGCUUCCAAUCAAAAUUCUGAAUUUAGUCCUUUACAUUUAUCACAAAUAGAACCAGAAUUAUUUAAUGAAUUUUUGGAAAGAGAAUUAAUUAAAAAGUAUUUUUUUAAAUUAGAAAUUUGGAAGGAAGUAUCUCUCUCCUCCAUAAUGUCUAGUCCUUCCUCUAAUUUUUUUGGUAUGAUGCGACAUAUCUAA